UUGACAUUUCCUGGCUUGGCAUUUGGCCGCGAUAUCCUCGCCUCUCCGAAACCACUUUUCUUUCCCCACCGUCAGGCUGAACUACAAGCGCAACAGUGUUUGUCGCAAGUCGUCUACGUCUACGAUACCUUCAUCCUCUCUAUCCGUAUCUCUCAUCGUCGUCGAUCCCGAUCUCAUUCGAUCGCAGUAUCGCGACCUGAUCCGUUCUUUGAGCGCAAAAGACCGCAGCUCACCGGCUUUGUCUCCUGAGCGCCUUCCAUUCUCUUACCUUGCCCAAGGCUAAAAAGACAAUCAAGAAGAAGAACAGGAAAUCUCAAUCCAUUUAGACAGUCUGCUCUUUCCGCAAUUAGUAAUUCGCAAAAAAAAAAAGUCAAAUCUCACUUCUUGUCCUUGUUUCGUCGCAUCCCACUGUCGAUCUGUCAUUGAGUCUCCGAAGGACUCAUCGAUCGAGCAAGAAUAUCAACAACAGGCUCACGGCGGAACGCGUUCGUCGUCGUCCCAGGUUCACGGCUCCCGUCGACGGUAGUCUCGCUGAACAGUAGGGCAGUUUGCUUGUAGGGGAGACAUUGAGUUGUUCAUCUCCCACAUUUCGGUACGAUUCCUCGCACACGAUCCUCCUCUACCUCCUUGCAUCUUCCCAAGUCCACCAAAUCCGAACCGCUCUGGGUCGAUUGUCUACUGGCGAGAGGCUUCUUGGUGUGGUAAGCAGAAAGUUCUCACAUGUGGGAUUCACUGCCUCGACACCCAGUCACUUUUUACCUCACCCGUGUCAAGUCACUCAGUCUAACCGGUUACAUUCAAACACCUCACCCUUCCACCUUGCAAACAUAAGAGUCAUCAGCCUAACUUUUUUUUCAUAGACUGCCUUAUUCGUCUUUUCUCUUGGAUCACGAUCUGAAUUGAUCUUCCAAGUUAGACACAUCUGACUGCGACCGCUUCAUUGCGACGCAGUUUAAGCCAGACUCAACUUGCAAUCAUGGACUCUCUCACCACUCAUCCGUCGACCGCUCAACAGGCAAAAGCCUUCACCUCUCCUGCGUCUCUCUCGUUUCCCGGCGGCGCCGGAGACUUGACCCCGCCUUCCUCUGAGAAAGAUGGACAAAACCUCAACGGUGGCUCAUACGCAGAUGGGAAGAUGAACGUUCAGCAACAGGGGAGCGCCACGCAGGCACCUCAAACUCCCACCGCUACACCUGGAGCUGGCGUGAGUGGUAUUGUACCUACCUUGCAAAACAUUGUUGCUACGGUGAAUCUUGACUGCCGUCUUGAUCUCAAGACGAUUGCUUUGCACGCUCGCAAUGCCGAGUACAAUCCCAAGCGAUUUGCUGCCGUGAUCAUGCGUAUCCGUGAACCCAAGACCACCGCUCUCAUCUUCGCUUCUGGCAAGAUGGUGGUUACCGGUGCAAAGUCGGAAGAUGACUCUAAACUUGCCAGCCGCAAGUACGCUCGGAUUAUCCAGAAACUUGGCUUCAACGCAAAGUUCACCGACUUCAAGAUUCAAAACAUUGUUGGUUCUUGCGACAUCAAGUUCCCCAUUAGACUCGAAGGUCUUGCUUCCAAGCAUCAUCCUUUCAGUUCGUAUGAACCAGAGUUGUUCCCUGGUCUGAUCUACCGUAUGAUCAAGCCCAAGAUCGUCUUGUUGAUCUUUGUGAGUGGCAAGAUCGUUCUCACCGGUGCAAAAGUCCGCGAGGAGAUCUACCAAGCCUUUGAGCAGAUCUACCCGACACUUUCAGACUUCCGCAAGGUCUAGUAGACACGUCUACAAGUGUUGGCGGUCUAUCCGUGUACAACAUUCACGCUACUGCACCAUCUUUGACAAAGGUCACAUUGUCAAGGUUGGGACGAUUGCUUGAGCAUCGUCGAAACCCCCUCUUCUUUUUUGCCCUGUUACGAAUAGUCCACGAGCAUUGCUUGGCGUUUUGAGCGAUUUUUUCGCAGUGGAGGGCCACGACAGUUCGUGGGCCUCUGCUGUUUACACCAAUUAGACAAAGGGUCGUCGUCGACGGAGGGACAAUCAGCGGUAUUCGGCGCUGGUCGACAUCGAUGCUGCUGGCAGAUUGUCCUAUUCUCAAUUGAGAGUUCCACUUGGGUCAUGGUUGCUUAAGCUCAAGCACCAUCGGCAUUUUUUCCGGCAAAUAAAGCACUGGGCUUCGAAUAGUAUGAGCACGCUCAGAACCUCGAGCGCCCGGUCCUGGUCGCGGAACAGAGAAUGGAGAUGAAGUUGUCAUCGUCCAUGGAGUGGAGAACGCAAUAAAAAUGUUGUUUGCGGGGAGAGAAGCGGUCUAGCGGGUUCAGCAUCGGGCGGCAGGUUGCGUUACCUGUCUUGUGCUGUGUGAGGCGGAAAGGGUAAUCUGGACUCAUUGAGGCCAGCCAACUUUUCGUCAUCCGGACCAUUUUCAGACAGCAUAAGUUUAGCGGUGAUAAUAUGACCAGUUCUAUCCGCCAUA